AUGUCGUCGACCAGCGGGUCUAGCGGCGGCGGGAGCGCCAGCUCGAGCAAUCCGCCAGCUGCCUCCUCAUCUGGUACUUCUUCACCCUCUGCCUCGUCCUCUCCCUCUGAAUCCUCUUCUUCUCCUGCUCCUUCCUCUCCCUCUCCUUCAGCAUCUGCUGCACCGUCUUCGACCGAUACUCAAUCCCCUUCUUCUUCUACAGACUCUGCAUCUAGCUCGGGAGCUUCCUCGACGCCCCCGCCGACAUCUUCCUCUCCUUCUCCAACGUCGACGCCCCCGCCCGAUACCUCAACCUCAACACCCAAUCCGACGUCGACGGGAAAUGGUGGCGGUGGGACCUCUAGCUCAAGCACGAGCGGUGGCGGCUCUAGCACUAGUAACUCAUCAGGCGGUGGAGGAGGCGCAACCCAAUCCAGUCAAUCCGUGCAGAGCACGCUAUCCUCGCAUUCGGUUGUGAGCUCGCAAAGCGUGCAUUCGUCGUUCACAACGAGUAUACAGACGACUUUUGUCUCAACAGAACCCGGAGGCUCGACCGUUUUCAUAACCAGUUUCGUCCCCCAAGUGACCACAGCUCCUCAACAGGAUAACACCUCUUCAAGCCACACUGGCGCCAUUGUUGGUGGCGUCGUCGGUGGUGUUGCCGGUCUGGCGCUCCUGCUUGUCCUGGGCUGUUUCAUCCGCAAACGCGCACGCAAGAACGAGUUCGAUGGCGACUUCGAUCCCGACCACGUCGUAGGCCACUCCACGGGUGCUACGCUCCCACGCAUCGACCUCGACGAUGAGGCACACGGAGGCCGCGGUGGUGGCCCCUCCGAAAUGAGUCAACCCUCCCCGUUCCAGAGUUCUAUGGGUACAUUUGGGGACGGCUCCAUGCGCGGCGCCGGCGCCGGACCCGGACCGGGCUCGGCGAACGGACACUUUGGGUACGGCGAGACACCGUACGGCCCGGGCGCGAUGGCUGCUGGCGCGGGAGGUGCAGCCGCCGCGGGCUACGCUGCGAACGCGUACCGUGGCACAUCACCGAUGAGUAGCAGCCACUACUCGGACGGCCAAUCGCAAUACCCGCAGACUUCUUCGGAGGGUGGGUACGUCCGCCCUGGCCCUGGCGCCCCGAUGGGCUUCGGCGCAGCUGGCCACGGGAUGAUGGGUCCUUACGAUCCCGCCGGCGGUCAGCGUGGCUACGGCCCGGGACCGCAUAUGCAGCAGCCGUACGGUGCCGCUGCUGUUGGCGGCUCUGGGCCAUGGUCGCAGGGCCACUCGCCUGCGCAUAGUGUCAGCGGACAGACGAGCACUAGUGGGGGCGCAGCAAGCGCUCGCCUGGCCAAGGAACGCGAGGCGAUGGGGCGGUACGGUGCGCGUGGCGCGCUGGGCGUCGCCAAUGGGGCGGAGGGCGAUGGGGACGGCGUGAUUGUCCAUCAGGACGGUGGGCGUGCGCCCGACGAAGGCAGUGGUGAGAAUGCUCCGAGAGAGAUUCCGCCGACGUAUGAUUCUAUCGGGCGAUGA